GGUCUAGGUAGUGUCUCAUUCCAGAGCUUCCACCAGAGGACGCUGUCUGCCUCCUCACCACUCACAGCCCAGUUGACAUGCUAUGCUGCAGCCCUUGUUAUCGCCAUACUGGGAAUCCCACCUGUCUUGAUCGGGGCUGUUGCUGCCUCCACAGACUGGAACCAAACACUGUACGGCUCUCCAUCUCCAUACAUACGUGGUGAGCACAGUUUGAUCCUGCCUCUGACCCUACAAUACCUCACUCCAUCUUACAUCUCAAUCAUUGGAAUCGGAGCUGUGGCCGCUGCCGUCAUGUCGUCCACAGACUCUGGCCUUUUGUCGGCAACUUCUGUUUUCUCUUCAAACAUCUACAAGAACAUCCUGCGUAAACAGGCAUCAGAUUUUGAAAUGCAGUGGGUUAUUCGGGUCACAGUGGUGGUCGUGGGUCUGCUUGGGACAUCUAUAACCUUCUACACCAAAAGCACCCUAGUUCUGUGGAUUCUUGGAGCAGACGUCUCUUACACCCUGGUGUUCCCUCAUCUGAUCUCUGUCCUCUUCUUUGAUGUGACAAAUGGUUACGGUGCAAUGGCUAGUUACAUCAUAGGACUGACAAUAAGGAUAUUGUUAGGUGAGAAUGCAGUAGGACUUCCUGUUACUCUUUGUCUUCCUGGCUGCAUACUGGAAGAUGGCGUCUAUGUCCAAAAGUCUCCUUUCAGGACAGUUGCAAUGCUCUGCACUUGCAUAACCAUCCUGUUUUUUUCCACACUGGCUGUGUUCAUGUUCAACCACAGUCUGUUGCCUGAGAGCUGGGACAUUUUUAAAGUAAAACGUAAUGUGACUAUUUCACCAGGAGAUGCCGUCAAACUGAGCCCCAUAGAAGAAGAAGAAGAAGAAGCAGAAAGUGAGGCUGAAUGUGAUGAGAACAGACAUGGAGUUCCCUUACAGCCAAUGUUAGAAACUGAGUCCUGACUGUUUCUUUGUCUUUUCAUAGGCUGGUAGGCUGAAUUGUUUUAUGAUCUGUGUGAUAUGUAGGUGACUGGAGAGCUAAAAUAGGUGUUAUUAUAAGAUGCUUAUAUUAGAUGCUAAAACUUUUAUCCUCUGUUGUAUAGAAUAGUUUUCUCAGAAAAAAAGUUGAACAAAAAGGUUAUUAUGAGGGGAAAAACUUUUUAUUAAGCAAAAAUUAUAGAAAUGUAUUAUACUCUGAACAGUUUAUGAGUGACUGAAUGGAACAAUGACAUCCUAUUAUAACAGAAAACAGCAGAUUAGAUGCCCAUAUUGGUUUCAGUCCCAGUGCUAUUGUUUGGUUUUAUUUACUGAGGUUGUGAGACUUCAGCAUAUUAGAUCUAUGUUGCCACCUAUAAAUAUAAGGUAGACAAUGAGAAAAUUUGAUGAGAAAUGAAAAAAGAGCAACUUAAUAAUGUAUUUUUGGGGUGCCGAUGGCCUAGUGGUUAUGGGCUACAAUCUGCAGCGAGGGUUCGAAUCCAACCUGCAGCUCUUAUGCUGCACGUCAUUCCCCUCUCUCUCUUUUCCUGAUUUCCAACUGUUAAAAUGAAAAUAUAAUAUAAAAUAUAAUAAUAAUAAUAAUAAUAAAUCCUAAUAAUGAGAACAGUAUUUUGAGUACCAGUAUCUCUAACUUUGGAUAUUCCACCAACAUCAUCAUCCCACUUCAUUGGGAAACACUUUCUACCAAAGAGAAAUUACACUGAUUUUGAGUUAUACGCGUUGUCAUUUCUUUGAGCUGAAAUUAAAUGACAUCAGACAUUUAGGACUUUGUUUAAGAGAAGAAGCAGAAAAGCUUUGAGGGAUGGAUAUUUGAAAUAAUAGCCUAUAAUCAUAUAUUAAUAUGAUUGAGUUAAUGAGUCAAUUGUGGAAAUGUGUUUUUGUGAUCUAGUUGAAAUAACUAACUGAAAUACAUCAAAAGCAACGAUACCAAUUAGUCAUAUAAUUUGCUCUUUUUGUUUAAUUCAAAAGAUGGGUAAACACAUUUUUAAAUGAAGGGAGAGAUAGUGUCGAGUUCAGGAUGUUUGUUUGUUGUCUCCAGAAAAGGGCAAUCAGCAUUAACUAGUUAAUCUCAAAAAAAUUCAGGUUUGAA